UCCACCCUAUCCGUUUCAUAAUUACAGGUACAGUGGCCCCGGUCGUGGAGGCGGAUGGUGGUCAGCGUGGUCGUGGUGGAUGGCGUGGAGCACCCAGAGGAAGGGGUGGAGCCAGCGGGGCACCAGGAGAUGUGUGCUACAAAUGCGGUCAGUCUGGACAUUGGGCCCGCACCUGCCCCAACUGGGGGUCACAGCAGGGAGUACCAGGACUUAUGGUCCCUCCUAAUGCAGGUAUGGCACCUCCUCCACCCCUGCAGGGCCAGUAUCCACAGAUGGGUGGAUAUCCGUCUUACAGUCCAUACUGACACACCCCUGAGGAGGACCAAGGCAGCGUGGGCAUGGCAGACCCCAUGUUGCCUGCAAAGGUGGGAGAGAACUGUCUGAAUUAUUUAGUGGACACUGGAGCAACUUAUUCCACCAUAACACACCAACCUCCUAAACCACUGCUUUCUACCAAGACUGUUUCUGUGAUGGGUUUCUCAGGGGUUGCAGAAACUCUGCCUGUGACUGUACCACUUCCUGUUCAGAUUGGGACUCAGAGAGUAACUCACCCUUUUGUGUGUUCACCCAGCACACCUGUUAAUUUGCUGGGCAGAGACUUAUUAGUGAAGCUGGGAGCAUCAGUGCUGUGUGGUACUGAUGGGUUAACGGUAACUUUUCCAGAUGGUUCCUCUUUGGCAUGUGGACAAAUGCUUCAGCAUGGACAAUAUUUUUUACAGCCAGUUGAAGAGGAAUAUGUUGACAUCUACUGGGGACUGCUGACCGCUCCUUCUUCUCCAAGCAGCAUCUUCUCUGUGUAUCAGCUGUGGAAACCCUGGAUUCAAAGUCUCUGCCUCUACACCUCUCCGCCCGAUCCACCCCAUGUCACUCUGUUCUAUGACCCUUGUCACACUGAAUGGUACCAAGAUUUGUUUAAUGAAACAGUAGAAGCUAAGGAAUUGGGAGGAGUGGUAAAGCGCUCUCUGGCGGCUGGGGACUGGCAGGACACCUCAGUCACCAACUUAAGGUAUUGUAAAAACACAAACACAUACUGUAUAAAAUGUACAGCUACUGACGAAGUCCCGUUGCAGCAGGAGGUGCUAACACGUCAUCAUGGAAGAGAAAAAACAGAUCAUCCCCAUUCAGGUUGCAUCUCCCUCGCCUAUUUGGGUUCCACAGUAUACACACAAACAACAGGCUCAGGAAGGCAUCAGAGACACCAUUGAAGGCCUGAAGGCGGCAGGUGUGUUAGAAACCUCAGCCUCAGCAUGGAACACACCCAUCAUCCUGAUGGCAGACUAUGUUUUGAAAGUGAAAUACCUGUGAUAAUGUGUUAGCAUUUUGUAGCUAACAUGCAAGUUGCCCCGCUAGCUUAGAAGUUAAGUGCUAGUGUAUUUUGUGUUGGUUUUGCAAUAUUCAAUGUUAAUGCUUAUGUACCCUCCCACAUGAAGUCGGAUAGAUUUAUUAUAGUUAGAUAUGACUGUUUAUGGUUAAGUGUCCCAGACUAUGUAAAAACUGUCCUAGUAUAUUGUGACUGACUGGAAAUGACAAUGACUAAUGUGUUGUGUAAUCUGUUAACUCUCUGCUAAUUGGAAGAUAGUGUUGUGUAAAAUAUCCUUUUAAAAGGGAGAUAAUAGUUGGAAAAGUGAGAUCCAUUGAGAAAACAGAUUCAAUGCAUAAGUACAUCAUAAGAUAAGACAGUUGUAUUGCUGGAUGUAAUUGUUUAUUGGACAAGAAACGAUUAAAAGCCAGUCCUCAAAGA